UUGGUUCCAGGUUCCCCGCAUUGUGAAGUAAUGGCCGACUGGGACGACUACGAAGAGGUGCAAUUAAGGCAACCGCCGACUCUCUCGGAAAUGUGUAUGCGAAAACUGGAAAGAAACUUGAACGCGUUGCAAAGCCUUGGAGCCGCUCCCUACUAUUUGGUAGAGAGUCUAUUACGAAGAUGCAAUGCAGCGCAGUUGGAGCGACUAGAAGAGAACAGCAAGAACUUAUUGCCGGACUCGCUUGAACUAUGGAAAGCACAUUGUCUAGCCGAUUUUGCCGAUAUACGGCGUGGAUACGAGGACGAAACAAUGGACGAACCGGAUAGUUGGCGAGAUCUAUAUAAAGAAAAACGCGAGGAACGAGACGAAAAAACCAAGCGCAUUGGAGAGCGCAUGAAGGCACUAAGACAACAGGAGGAAGCAAUGAAGGAAUCUCGAAGAGCAAGGUUUCUCGAACAAAUACCACCUUCAAGAUCGUCACAUGGUGCCUUUGGAGCGCGUGGUCUACUAAAAAAAAACGAAAGCAGUAUAAUUAGUAAAGCACGGCGAGAGACAAGAAAAAUUGCAAAACACUUUGACUCUCCUGCUUUAAAGAAACCGACUCCUACAAUUGCACGUAAUACUCUAUCCUCAGAUACACCCCUCUCGAAUGGCAUCAAACGAAUGGCUAGCCAGGAUGUAUCCUCACCAGCCAAGAAAGCCCGACCGCCGGCUACAUCAUCUAACGGUCCAGCCUUCAAAUCCAAAGCCAUGUCAUCCUUGCUGCGAAAAAUGCGAUAG